GGAGGAGGAGGAGGCCGAGAAGGGCCGAGAAGGGCCCCGGGAGCGGCGGGGCCGAGCUCCAGAGCAGCGGGGACAGCCGGGCUGCAGCGCCGGACGGAGGGAUGGCGCCGCUGCUGGGUGUCCUGGCGCUGGUGACGCUGCUGUCCCCAGGCCUGGCCUGUCCCGCUCCCUGCUCCUGCUCCACCAAGAAGAACGGGCGGCUGCUGGCCGAGUGCGCCUACCGGGACCUGCGGGAGGUGCCGCGGGGCCUGUCCCCCAAUGUCACCAUCCUCACGCUCUCCGCCAACCGCCUGGGCCGCCUGGGCCGCGCCGCGCUGGCCGAGGCGCCCGAGCUGCAGUCGCUGUGGCUGGGCUACAACCACAUCUCGGCCGUGGAGCCCGGCGCCUUCGCGCACCUGCUGCACCUCAAGAACCUGGACCUGAGCCACAACCGGCUGGCGGAUUUCCCCUGGCAGGACCUGCGCGGGCUGGCCGGGCUGCAGAUCCUCAAGCUGAGCAACAACCGGCUGUCGUGGCUGCCGCGGGGCGCGCUGGCCGGCCUGCGGGAGCUGCGCUCGCUCUGGCUCAACGACAACGCGCUCACCACGCUGGCCCGCGGCACCUUCGAGGCGCUGCCGGCGCUGUCGCAGCUGCAGCUCUUCCACAACCCCUUCAACUGCUCCUGCAAGCUCUUCUGGCUCAAGGAGUGGGCCCAGAGCACCUCGGCGGCGCUCUCGGGGGCCGGCUCCACGCUGUGCGCCGCGCCGCCUCGGCUGCGGGGCCGCGCGGUCACCGACAUCCCGGGCGCGCUGUGCGUGGCGCCCUCAGCGCAGCUCACCUACCUGUCCGGGCCGGCGCAGGGCGGGCCCGAGGACGGGCUGACGCUGAGCCUGCACUGCAGCGUGGCCGGCAGCCCCCCGCCCGAGAUCCACUGGCGCGUCCGCACGGCCGGCGGCCGCCGCGUGGACAUCCACGGGCCCACGGCGGCCAAGGCGGGCCGGCGGCGCUUCCUGGCCUUCAAGAACGGCACCAUGGCCAUCCCCGGCUUCGGCAAGGAGGACGAGGGCACCUACACGUGCCUGGCGGUGAACGAGGUGGGCGAGCGCGAGGUGUCGGUGAGCGUGGCGCUGGCCGGCUCCGAGGGCCCGGCCGAGGAGCUGCCCCGCGAUGACCCCCAGGCCGGGCAGCCCGGCGGGCACGGCUGCGCCAAGGGUGACGAGCUGGACCCGUCCGGCAUGGGCGAGAAGUUGGUCAUCGUCUACCACAUGCCCAGGGAGGCCCGGAGCGGCGCGGGAGGCCGGGAAUUCCGCCUGGGAAUUCUGCCGCUGGCGCUGGGGCUGCUGUUGUGGUGAAAGGGGGAGCGGCGCCUCGGGAUUCCCGAUUUUCCGUAGUUUUUCCGCUCGUAGUGCCUUUGCUGAGCUGCUGGGAUCCGGGAGAGCUCUGGAGCCUGACGGGGUCCUGGAGGAGCUCGGGGAACGUGGGGCAGAUCCAGCCCGGAUCCAGGCGGGAUCUGCCACCGCUUCCCGGGUGUCCCACGUGCCACAUCCCACUUUUCUCCCUGCCCGGACCCAAGGGCGGCCGCGGGAGGUGACAACGGUGACAACCCCACCCCGGGGCCACCACGGCUGCAAGUGGGGAGGGAUCCAAGGAUAAAAUCCUUGGGAAUGGGGUCCUUGGGGACACAGCUGUGACACAGCAUCGGGAUGGGCCCGCGGCCUUGGAUCGGGAAGGAAUUCCCGGGUUUUAUCCCUGUCGGAGCGCCGGGGGCAUCCCGAGAGCCUCCAAGGCCUUGGAAUGCCGUGGGAAUUCCAACCCCCUCGCCAUGAUCCCAAAAACCCGUCUGGGCUGGACCCACCGGGCUGCCCCGCUUGAGCCAAAGAUUCCCAAAGCACUCCUGGUGGGAAUGGGGGAAAGACUGGGAAAAGCAGAGAAGCCGAGCUGCCCUUAAGCCAUAAACAUUCCCUGAGUGCUCCAGCAUUCCCGGAGGGACAAAUAUUCCCUAUCCAGCCUCGGGGGGAUUUGGGAACGUCCAUCGCCCCCAGGCUGGGAUACAGCCCCGGUGCCACCGGAAUUCCCGGUGGGAUCUGGGCACGCCCUGCAGCCCCCUGGCCUUGUAACGCCUUGUAGGGACAGCAGUAAAUGCCUUUAAUUAAUGCCUUCAAUUAAUGCCUUUAAUUAAGAAAUACCUGUAAUAAACACCGUUAAUAAAGGAACAGUUUUAAUAAACACCUUUAAUUAAUAAACACCUUUAAUUAAUAAUGACUUUUAAUAAACACUUUGAAUAAACUCCUUUUGUUUUUCUAAACCA